AUGAGUGAAGAAGCCCAAACACCGACGGAAACUCCCAACGAGAGUCCUGCAGAGGUGGUUGAAACAAAAGAAGGUGGCGAGAAUGUACCUGAAGAAGAGAGCACCGCUACCUUUGAAGCAGUGGUCAAACUUGAAGAAGUUGAAGUGAAGUCGGGAGAAGAAGAGGAGGAAGUUCUAUUUUCGCAACGAUCGAAGCUGUUCAUUUUCGGAGAGACCUUGCUAGAUAAAGGGACCGGAACUAAGUCAUGGCGAGAACGAGGAAUUGGAGACAUUCGCAUUUUGCGUCACCGUGAGCAUCAACGGAUCCGCGUGUUGAUGCGCCAGGAAAAGACAAUGAAAGUGAUUGCCAAUCAUGCAUUGGACCCUCGCUGUGUACUGAAACCAAACGCUGGAAACGACCGGUCUUGGGUCUGGUCAGCUUUCGAUUUCGCUGGAGGAGAGUUGGUCGAAACCGUUUUUGCCAUUCGUUUCGGCGACUCGGACAAAGCACUGGAAUUUAAAGCGGCCUUUGAGAAAUAUCAAGGUGAGAUGCAAGCACUUUUGAACGGUGAAGACAAGCCGGGCGAGGACGGCGGAAAAGCAGCCGACGAAGCGGCGGAAGCGCUUGCCGGUCUAUCGACCAAAGGCGAGGAGAAGGCAGAGGAACCCUCAGAGGAUUAG